CAUCAUGUCCUUCCCUACAGCUGCAUGAACAAAUUGAAUUCGUCGCCUGCCAUAUGAAGGCAAGCCGGAGAAGCUCCUGUUCGAGUGACGCAGUUCGAAGUGGAACCAAUCGGACACCCGCAUGGGCAAACGUUCAAGUUGUAUCCGGAGAGUUCAUCUACCCACGACAUAGCUUUCCCUCGUUGUACACGUCACCAGCCAACGUCAGUUGAAACCCGCUCAAACGCUCCAAAAUUUCAAAUAUAAUGGCCAAACAAGCACCAGCUGAACCGCCAGUCGAGAACCUCCAGGGUGAGGAAGUGCAGGGCGAGGAGGGUGAGGAGAGCGAUGUAUAUGAUGAUAUUGAGGAAGAAGAAGGGGAAGUUGCUGGUGGCGAAGAACAAGGUGAGGAGGAAGAGGAAGAGUAUGAGGAAGAUGAGGAUGAGGAAGAAGAACCGGUGACUGCCGAAGGAACUACAAGUUUGACUGCCCUCUUGCUCAGCGGUUCUGUGAGUGUUGUCAUCACCUUCAAUUCAUUCAUGGGACUUCGGACUGAUGAUGUUCUCUACAGGGCGGUGAAGAAGAGGAGGAUGAAAAUGAAGAAGACGAGGACGAGGAGUAUGAACCUGCGAACGGCACUUCUGGUCCUACUGCCUCAGAAUCUGCCCAAUCAGCUCAGACAGGAAAGAAAAGAUCUCGGGAUGAUGAAAAAGAGGAUAUUUCUGGUGACUAUGGCGAGGUUGAGGAAAACAGUGAAGUUCUGAAUAAGAAGGCAAGAGCUGCUCCUGAAGAAGCGUGAACUCAGAGAUGAAAGUGUUGUACAAAUGAAAUUGGACACUUGGUGUGUAUUGUAAGCGUGUAUUUUUAUCUGUAUUCUAUGUGCCUUGUCUCCAGCUUCAGGGGUCUAUCCGAUAUUCAGCAUGUGUCCUGCGUUCAUUUCCGACUCCUGCUCUUCACCAUGCUUUGAUCGUUGGUGGUCCGGUUGGGAUGGAUGGGCUCUUCCGUAAACAAUUUCAGAUUGAGUUCAACUAAAAUUACAACAAGUCCGAAAGUAAUCGACAGAAUGAUACAUCUGUCGACGCUACAAGUACAGUUAUGCAUACACCGAGAGUCCUUGUUUCGCUUUCCAUUCAAAUUCAUGGCACUAGAAUUUGCUCCGUCCAUUCUUGCCCCUCUUUCGUGAACUUGGUUCUCCGAUCGGGCUUAACUCCAAGCUGCACCCAAUCCAC